CCAGAGCCCAGGCCGAUUAACUGCAAAGUCAAGAGAGGACCGCAGAGUUUGGAACUGUGUGCGGACCGCUUGCAGCGCAGAGGGCGGGAGGGAGGAAAGGGAGGAGGGCGUAGGGAGCUGAGGCCCCACCUUUCAUUCCAGCGAAGUGCACCGGCGGAGCAGGGAUGAGUCACAGGCACUGGAGCUCAGGUUCCCAUAGGUGAGGGACUGGCUCUUCUCUCUGGGAAAACGAGGUGCCAGUUCUUACUGGAGCGGCCUUGGCAGGGUGUUGGAGCCCUCGGUCUGCCCGGUCUGGUCUCUGGGGCCAGGGCUGGGUUCCCUCAUGUAUGGCAAGAGCACUUCGCGUGCUGGGCUGCUUCUCCUUGGCGUGCAGCUCACAGCCCUUUGGCCUAUAGCAGCGGUGGAAAUUUACACCUCCCAAGUGCUGGAGGCUGUCAACGGGACAGAUGUUCGGUUAAAAUGCACUUUCUCCAGCUUUGCCCCCGUGGGUGAUGCUCUAACAGUGACCUGGAACUUCCGUCCUCGAGAUGGGGGCCCCGAGCAGUUUGUAUUCUACUACCAUGUGGAUCCCUUCAAACCCAUGAGUGGGCGUUUCAAGGAUCGAGUGGUCUGGGACGGGAACCCUGAGCGGUACGACGUCUCCAUCAUCCUCUGGAAGCUGCAGUUUGACGACAAUGGGACAUACACCUGCCAGGUGAAGAACCCACCUGACGUUGAUGGGCUGAUAGGGGAGAUUCGGCUGAGCGUCGUGCACACUGUACGCUUCUCUGAGAUCUACUUCCUGGCUCUGGCCAUUGGCUCUGCCUGUGCCCUGAUGGUCAUAAUAGUAAUCGUGGUGGUCCUCGUCCAGCAUUUCCGGAAAAAGCGAUGGGCCGAAAGAGCUCAUAAAGUGGUGGAGAUAAAAUCAAAAGAAGAGGAAAGGCUCAACCAAGAUAAAAAGGUCUCUGUUUAUUUAGAAGACGCAGACUGACAUUCUUAGAUGGAAGCUGAAGAUUCCCAAGAACAAGCACCCUAGGAUAAGCUGAAGUUAAUGGAAGCUUUUCUUUGGCUUUACCAGUUGUGACUUGUCUUCCAACCAGCCCUGCAGUACAUAACCACCCAGAGAAGCAACGUCUCUCUGGAGCCAGCAUAGGCCCAGGGUCCCCUUGAGCUGAUACCAGGAGACUCACACACAGCCCAUCACUACGGUUUUAUUUAAUUUCAGAGUGCAAAUACUUUUCAAAUGCUCAUGAGCUUUUUAUACUGAGAAACUACAUUUUUGCCCUUGAACACUCCUUGGGGAUUAUUAAUUGUAUGCACGCCCGUUGGUGUCAAAUGAGAUGAAAGCCAUCUUGUCAGUCAUGACAUUUCCUUUAACGUAUUAGUUUCUUCAGAGCAGCACUCUUGCUACUAAGGUUAAUGUGUUUACUUUUUCCUUCUCAGUCUCAACUAAAAGAUGAGCCAAUUCUCUCCGCCGUUUUUGAUCAAUUAACAGGAAACCCUAAAUCCCGUUCUUCAACAGUUUGAUUUUUAUGGCUCUCCUUGAGUAUGGGACACAUCUUGUUUUAUUGAAUUUCUUUCAGUAUCCCAGAUGAUUGUCUGUUUUGGUUGAUCCCACAUUUAUAAUUAGCACAAAUCUAAAUCACAGAGUAGCUAGAAGAGUUUAUGUAAAUGCUUAUGGAUUGACAAAUGCCACCUCAGGAUGAAUCACUUGUCACCUUUUUUCUCUGUGUUCCGAAAAAACAACCAACAGAGCAAGUCUUCCGUGAGCAGUGGAUACUGUUCAGCUUACUGUUCAGUUAUAACAACAGAGCAAAAUCUGUGCUCUUUUGCAGACUGGAAUCAUCAAGCAGUUACACAGAAGGUUCUGGAAUAGUAUAUUAUGACUAUAAAAAUUUAGGGCUGGUGAAAAAAAUCAAGCCUAAGUGAUGAUAAUUUUGUACAGUGUUCUAUAAAGCUCCGAGAACUGGAUGAGAUUAUUUUUUUUCCCUUUCCUUUCCUUUUCUUUAUAUUAUUUUAUUUGCUUGUUUUGAGGGAGGGAGGAUUUGGUAUGGGGCAAAGAAAUACCAAAACUAACAAUAUGAAACCAACUUUAUUCUUUCUUCCCUUAUGCCAGUAGAGACAGCAAACUUUAUAAGUAGGCUAUGGAAAGCAAAGUGCUUUUUCAAAAGUGUUUAGCCUCCCAGUGUCUUUCCAAACUUAAGUUUAUAGCAGCAUUUAUUAAAAAAAUAGAAAACAUCUGAAAGUUUAGUUGCCCCCACCCCUGCCCCAUCUUUAUAGCCUAAUAACUUCAGUUUUCACUGACUGGGCCAAAGAUGUUCUUUCUUUUAACAAACUGGAAUUUUCAAAUAGGUUAUCUGUAUUUAAAUAUGCUGAACUUUGAAUAUUUUUUCUAGUAUUUUUAGAAAAAUUGGUACAAUAUUCACAUGAACCUUGAUUCUGCAUUCAUUCUCUACCUAUCUUAUUUUGCCUUUUACACGAAAAAAGUAAAAUUUUCACACCCAAUUUGGAAACUAAAAGUUACAUUAAAAGUAUUUAUUAUUAUUAUUAUUAUUUGAGAGAGAGUACAAGCUAGCGGGGGAGGGGCAGAGAGAGAGGGGAGACAGGAUUCGAAGCAGGGCCCACGCUGUCAGUGCAGUGCGAUGUGGGGCCUGAACUUAAGAACUAUGAGAUCAUGACCUGAGCUGAAGUCAGAUGUUUAACCGACUGAGCCACCCAGGUGCCCCAAAACUAAAAGUUGGCUUUCAGGUCUAUAUUACUUUUAAAUUACAUUUUCUACUUUUCUCCAUAAUUCAACCUUUGAAAAUAACAAUAUUUUUUCAAACAGAUGGCCUGAAUGGUGUCCCAAAAGUGUAAUGAAGUAGUUAAAACCUCAAGGAAAAUCUUUUCAGCAAAACUUGUAGCUUGUGUCUUGGCUAAAUAUUCAGGUGUUAAUAUGACCCUAUUGUUCAGUAUCUUUUUCCUAAAGAGAACUUUUGUAUGGUAAUUUAUUUUUUAUUGUGCCUAAACACAUAUGUAAAUAACCUUUAGUAGUAAAGAAUUAUCAAUUGUAUAAUUUGCUUACAUACAAAUCUAAAAAGUUUACAUAGCAAGUACUCAAAAACACAUGGUUAUGUAUUUUAUCAUUACUGAGAAAUUUUCUUAGAGCCUGAAAGUCAAUAAUGGGUGAAAUUAGUUUAUACUGGAUAAAUAAAUGUUUAUACUGGAUAAAGAAUUCUA